CCCUCUCCCAAACAGGGCAUUUCCCUAACUUUUCUCUUUUUCUCACAAGGCUAUAGUUCAAUAUUCCAUUGUGGGGCACAUAUCCUGUCUCAAAUUCCGACACUGGGCUCCUCGACGCCAAGGAACUCCAAUUGUUGCAAGCCCCUACUCUGGAGUGCACACCUGGACUUUUGAUCUGGAUCCUGGAUUAGUUCCCUCUGCUCAGCCUGGGUCCAUACGGUGAACAGACAGUCAGAGAGAGUAAGAGGUAACAUAGAGAUACGAUUGGAGGGAUAGCCAGACCAACCAAUGGGAUCAGGGAAGCUGGCCCAGGUGCUGCUGGGAUGGGCGGCAAUGUGUCUUACAGCGUUCCAUGUGGCUAGCGGAGAAACCGGGAAUGGACCAUACCAAGCCAGUCGCUUCACCGGCACUGUGGACCAGAAAGAGGUGCAGCGGGUUCGACGCCGUGGCCAGGAGACACUGAGAGGGCCCAAUGUGUGUGGCUCUCGCUUCCAUUCAUACUGCUGUCCGGGCUGGAAGACUCUGCCGGGAGGGAACCAGUGUAUUGUUCCAAUUUGCAGGAAUUCAUGUGGCGAUGGCUUCUGUUCCAGACCCAACAUGUGUACCUGUUCAAGUGGCCAGCUCUCUCCUAGCUGUGGGGCAGGAGGAGGAGUUCAGUCCUGUAAUGUUAGGUGUAUGAAUGGCGGCAGCUGUGCAGAAGACUCGUGUUCCUGCACGAAGGGCUACACAGGCAACCACUGUGGACAGCCUGUGUGUGAGAAUGGCUGCCAGAAUGGGGGCCGCUGCAUCGGGCCCAACAGAUGUGCCUGUGUCUACGGUUUCACUGGCCCGCAGUGCGAGAGAGACUACAGGACCGGGCCAUGUUUCACCCAGGUGAAUAACCAGAUGUGCCAGGGCCAGCUCAGUGGAAUUGUCUGCACCAAAACCCUCUGCUGCGCUACCAUUGGUCGGGCUUGGGGCCACCCCUGUGAGCAGUGCCCUGCCCAGCCGCACCCUUGCAGGCGAGGCUUUAUCCCCAACAUCCGCACUGGAGCCUGCCAAGAUGUGGACGAGUGUCAGGCAGUGCCAGGUCUUUGUGCCGGAGGUAACUGCAUCAACACUGUGGGAUCCUACGAGUGCAAAUGUCCUGCCGGCCACCGUCAGAGUGAAACCAGCCACAAAUGUGAAGACAUUGAUGAAUGCAGCACCAUCCCCGGUGUAUGUGAUGGAGGAGAAUGCACCAACACUGCUGGUAGCUAUGUCUGCACUUGUCCACGAGGCUACGUCUCCAGCACAGAUGGCUCCAGAUGUGUGGAUCAGCGUGUGGGCACCUGCUUCUCAGCUCUGGCUAACGGCCGCUGUGCUGCAGAGCUGAGCAGUCAGUACACCAAGAUGCAGUGUUGCUGUGACACAGGACGCUGCUGGGCUUUGGGACAGAUCCCCGAGAUGUGUCCUGUCAGGGGUUCCGACGAGUUCAGGCGUCUGUGUAUUGUGGGUGUUCCCCAAGGACACGGCUUCCCUAAUGGCUACCCCAAUGGACACUACCCCAACAGCAACGGCAACGGGUAUGGAUUCAAGUUCCCCAGCGUACCCAAUGGUAACGGCAACGGAGGAAUCGGUGGCAACGGCGGAGGAAGCUUUGGAGGGAACGGUGGGAGCUUUGGAGGUAACGGAGGAAGCUUUGGAGGUAAUGGAGGAGGACACCAGCGUAAUAUAGGCACUGUUUCUAUGAACGACACAAUUGAUGUGUGCAAACACUUUACCAACCUGUGUCUGAAUGGACGCUGCAUUCCAACACCCACAAGCUACCGCUGUGAGUGCAACAUGGGCUACAGACAGGAUGUUCGCGGGGAGUGUAUUGAUGUGGAUGAGUGUGUGAGUAAUCCAUGUAUCAAUGGAGACUGCGUCAACACACCUGGAGGGUACCAUUGCAAGUGUCAUGAGGGCUACCAGGGAACCCCUACCAAACAAGCCUGCAUUGAUAUUGAUGAGUGUAUUGUGAAUGGGGUGAUGUGUCGCAACGGCCGCUGUGUCAACACAGAGGGAAGCUUCCAGUGUAUCUGCAAUGCUGGCUUCGAGCUCACUCCUGAUGGAAAGAACUGCAUUGAUCACGAUGAAUGCGCCACUACCAACAUGUGUCUUAAUGGCAUGUGCAUCAAUGAAGACGGCAGCUUCAAGUGUAUCUGCAAGCCUGGCUUUGCUUUAGCACCUAACGGACGCUACUGCACCGACAUCGAUGAGUGUCAGACUCCUGGCAUUUGUAUGAACGGCCGCUGCAUUAACUCUGAGGGCUCCUUCCGCUGUGAGUGCCCUCCAGGCCUGGCUAUUGAUGUAGAUGGGAGAGUGUGUGUGGACACACACAUGAGGACCACUUGUUACGGUGCUAUAAAGAUGGGCACAUGCUCGCGGCCGUUCCCUGGUGCUGUGACCAAGUCUGAGUGCUGUUGUGCAAAUGCUGAACAUGGCUUUGGAGAGCCCUGCCAACCCUGCCCCUCCAGAAACUCAGCUGAGUUCCAGGCUGUAUGCAGCAGUGGUAUUGGCAUUACAGCUGAUGGCAGAGACAUCAAUGAGUGUGCCCUUGACCCGGACAUUUGUCAAAACGGCAUAUGUGAGAACCUGAGAGGAAGUUAUCGCUGCAUCUGUAACAUCGGUUAUGAGUCUGACACCAGUGGCAAAAACUGCGUUGACAUCAAUGAGUGUCUGGUGAACCGUCUGCUUUGUGACAACGGUCUGUGUAGAAACACUCCCGGCUCCUACACCUGCUCCUGUCCUAAAGGAUUUGUCUUUAAACCCGACUCAGAGACCUGCGAAGAUAUCAACGAAUGUGAUUCCAGCCCGUGCAUCAAUGGAGCGUGUCGCAACGUGGCCGGGUCCUUCAACUGCGAGUGCACCCACGGCAGCAAGCUGGACUCCACCAACACCAUCUGUGUGGACAGUAUGAAGAGUACGUGCUGGCUGACGAUACAAGACAACCGCUGUGAGGUCAACAUCAACGGAGCCACACUGAAGUCUGAGUGCUGCUCUACACUGGGAGCCGCCUGGGGUAGCCCCUGUGAACCCUGCGAGAUCGACACCGCCUGCUCUCGAGGGUUUGCUCGUAUGAAGGGCCUCGUCUGUGAAGACAUUAAUGAGUGUGAGGUGUUCCCUGGAGUGUGCACAAAUGGCCGGUGUGUGAACACCCAGGGCUCGUUCCGCUGCGAGUGUGCUGAGGGUCUCACCUUGGACAGUACUGGACGCACAUGUGUGGAUACGCGUAGUGAGCAGUGCUACAUGAAGUGGCAUGAGGAUGAGUGUGGCGAGCCACUGCCAGGGAGAUACCGUGUGGACAUGUGCUGCUGUUUAGUGGGUUCUGCCUGGGGCAUCGACUGCGAGGAGUGUCCUAAACCAGACACACCUGAGUACAGAGCCAUCUGUCCCAGAGGGCCCGGCUUUGCCAACAGAGGAGAAAUUCUGACCGGCAGGCCGUUCUACAAAGAUGUAAAUGAGUGUAAGGUGUUCCAGGGUCUCUGUACUCAUGGAACUUGCCGGAACACCAUCGGCAGUUUCAAGUGUCGCUGCAACAACGGCUUCGCUCUGACCGCAGAGGAGAGGAACUGCACAGACAUCGACGAAUGCCGCAUCUCCCCGGACUUGUGUGGUCACGGUACCUGUGUCAACACACCUGGCAGCUUUGAGUGUGAAUGUUUCGAGGGUUACGAGAGCGGCUUCAUGAUGAUGAAGAACUGCAUGGACAUUGAUGAGUGUGAGAGAAACCCCCUUUUGUGUCGUGGAGGAACCUGCCUGAACACAGAAGGGAGUUAUGAGUGUGAAUGUCCCACCGGACACUCUCUCAGCAACGAUGGAUCUGCCUGUGAAGAUGUGAAUGAGUGCCAGCUAAGUGACAACUUGUGCAAACAUGGCCAGUGCAUCAACAUGCCGGGAACGUACCAGUGCUCCUGUGACACCGGUUACCAGGCCACACCAGACCGUCAGGGCUGCGUUGAUAUUGAUGAAUGCACCAUUAUGAACGGAGGCUGUGAAACCCAUUGCACAAACUCAGAAGGCAGCUAUGAGUGCAGCUGUAGUGAGGGCUAUGCUCUCUUGCCUGACCUCAGGACCUGUUCAGAUAUUGAUGAGUGUGAGGAGACUCCAGACAUCUGUGAUGGAGGCCAGUGCACCAACAUUCCUGGGGAAUACCGGUGUCUGUGUUACGAUGGCUUCAUGGCCUCUAUGGACAUGAGGACGUGUAUCGAUGUGAACGAGUGUGACUUGAACCCGAACAUCUGUCUCCAUGGCGACUGUGAGAACACCAAAGGCUCCUUCAUCUGCCACUGUCAGCUGGGAUACUUUGUCAAGAAGGGAUCCACAGGCUGCACAGAUGUUGAUGAGUGUGAGAUCGGGGCUCAUAACUGUGACAUGCACGCUGCCUGCAUUAACGUGCCUGGAAGCUUUAAAUGUCGAUGUCGAGACGGCUGGUUGGGAGACGGCAUCAAGUGUGUUGAUCAGGACGAGUGCUCUGUAGAGGACCAUAACUGCAACCCCAAUGCAGACUGUGUAAACACACCGGGGUCCUACAGAUGUACAUGCAAGGAGGGCUUCAAUGGAGAUGGAUUUUCCUGCUCUGACAUGGAUGAGUGUGCAGACAACGUGAACCUGUGUGAGAACGGCCAGUGUCUGAAUGCUCCAGGGGGCUACCGCUGCGAGUGCGAGAUGGGCUUUACUCCUACAGAAGACAGCAAAGCGUGUCAAGACAUCGAUGAGUGUAAUUUCCAGAACAUCUGCGUAUUUGGAACGUGCCAGAACCUUCCAGGGAUGUUCCGCUGUGUGUGUGAUGAUGGUUAUGAACUGGACCGCAGUGGAGGAAACUGCACUGACAUCAACGAGUGUGCGGACCCUGUGAACUGCAUCAACGGGCUGUGUGUGAACACUCCAGGGAGCUACCUGUGUAAUUGUCCAGCUGACUUUGAGCUAAACCCCACCGGAGUGGGCUGCGUGGAUACACGUGUUGGCAACUGCUUCCUGGACAUCCUUGCACGUGGUGAUGGAGGAAUCUCCUGUAGUGCGGAGAUCGGCGUGGGUGUGACCCGGGCUUCCUGUUGCUGCUCCGAAGGAGGAGCCUGGGGAAACCCCUGUGAACUGUGCCCUGCCCCCAACUCUACGGAAUAUAAGACUCUUUGUCCAGGAGGAGAGGGAUUCAGACCCAACCCCAUCACUGUUAUCCUGGAAGAUAUUGAUGAGUGCCAGGAGCUGCCAGGUCUCUGCCAGGGUGGAAACUGUGUUAACACCUUUGGUAGUUUCCAGUGUGAGUGUCCAGGAGGCUACUACCUCAAUGAGGAGACUCGCAUCUGUGAGGAUAUCGAUGAGUGCACGACCCACAUCGGGGCCUGUGGACCUGGUAUCUGCUACAACACUUUGGGCAACUACACCUGUGUGUGUCCCCCUGAGUACAUGCAGGUCAAUGGGGGAAACAACUGCAUGGACAUGAGGAAGAGUGUGUGUUAUCGUAACUAUAACGACACAUGUGAAAACGAGCUGUCCUUCAACAUGACCAAGAAGAUGUGCUGCUGUGCCUACAACGUGGGAAAAGCCUGGAACAAGCCAUGUGAGGCCUGUCCAACUCCUGCUACCACUGAGUACCAGUUACUGUGUGGUAACCAGGCUCCUGGCUUCAUCAUCGACAUCCACACUGGCAAGCCAAUCGAUAUUGAUGAAUGCAGGGAGAUCCCUGGUAUCUGUGCCAAUGGAGUGUGUAUCAAUCAGAUCGGGAGCUUCCGCUGUGAAUGUCCAAUGGGCUUCAGCUACAACAACAUACUGCUUAUUUGUGAAGAUAUUGAUGAGUGUAACAGCGGGGACAACCUGUGCCAACGCAACGCCAACUGUAUCAACAUUCCAGGCAGCUACCGCUGCGAGUGCUCGCCAGGCUUCAAACUGUCCCCCAGCGGGGCCUGUGUGGACCGUAAUGAGUGCCAGGAGAUUCCUAAUGUGUGCAGCCAUGGAGAGUGUAUUGACACGCAGGGAAGCUAUCGCUGUCUCUGCCACAACGGCUUCAAGGCUACAGCUGACCAGACCAUGUGCAUGGAUGUCGAUGAGUGUGACAGACAGCCAUGUGGGAACGGUACCUGUAAAAACACAGUGGGAUCCUACAACUGCCUCUGCUUCCCUGGCUUUGAGCUAACACACAACAACGACUGCAUGGACAUAGACGAGUGCAGUGCCCUCCAGGGCCAAGUGUGCAGGAACGGCCAGUGUAUCAAUGGACUCGGUUCCUUCCAAUGUCUCUGCCAUGAGGGUUACGAGAAUACUCCGGAUGGGAAAAACUGUGUUGAUAUCAAUGAGUGCGUGAGUCUGCCUGGCACUUGCUCUCCGGGAACUUGUCAGAAUCUGGACGGGUCAUUCCGAUGUAUCUGCCCGUCUGGCUAUGAGGUGCAGAAUGACCAGUGUAUAGAUAUCAACGAGUGUGAGGAGUCCAACCUCUGCCAGUUUGGCACCUGCACCAACACCCCUGGCAGCUUCCACUGCACCUGCCAGCCGGGCUUCGUGCUCUCUGACAACAAACGUCGCUGCUAUGAUACCAGAGAGAGCUUCUGUUUUACCAAAUUUGAGGCCGGAAAAUGCUCCGUCCCCAAAGCUUUGAACACCACUAAGGCCAAGUGCUGCUGCAGCAAGAUGCCUGGAGAGGGCUGGGGAUUUCCCUGUGAGCUGUGCCCACGAGAGAGCGAGGCUGCUUUCGACAGUCUGUGUCCCUUUGGCCACGGAGCGCUACCUGGGCCGGGCGAUGCUCGUGAAGAUAUGAAUGAGUGUCUGGAUAACCCAGACAUCUGCCAGAACGGUAUCUGCAUCAACACAGAUGGUUCCUUCCGCUGUGAAUGCCCCUUCGGAUACAACCUGGAUUACACAGGAGUCAACUGUAUUGACACCGACGAGUGCUCAAUAGGAAACCCAUGUGGAAAUGGAACCUGCACUAAUGUGGUGGGAGGCUUUGAGUGUUCGUGUCAGGAGGGCUUCGAACCCGGACCCAUGAUGACCUGUGAAGACAUCAACGAGUGCUCCCAGAAUCCUCUGCUGUGUGCCUUCCGGUGUGUAAACACCUUUGGUUCCUAUGAGUGUAUGUGUCCUGCUGGCUACGUGCUGCGAGAUGACCAACGCAUGUGCAGAGACCAGGACGAGUGCUCUGAGGGCCUAGAUGACUGUGACUCCAAGGGUAUGACCUGUAAGAACCUGAUUGGCACCUUCAUGUGUAUCUGCCCUCCUGGCAUGCAGCACAGACCUGAUGGAGAGGGAUGUAUGGACCUGAAUGAGUGCCGCAGCAAACCUGGCAUCUGUAAGAACGGACGCUGCGUCAACAAAGUAGGAAGCUACCGCUGCGAGUGCAAUGAUGGCUUUGAGUCAAGCUCCACUGGAACUGAAUGUAUAGACAACCGAAAGGGUUACUGUUACACAGAAGUUCUGCAGACAAUGUGCCAGCAGUCAUCCACCAACAGGAACAGUGUGACCAAGUCUGAGUGCUGCUGCAACAUAGGCCGGGGCUGGGGCUCACAGUGUGAGCUCUGCCCGCUGCCUGGCACCGUACAGUACAAGAGGAUGUGCCCACUUGGACCUGGCUACACUACAGACGGAAGAGACAUCAAUGAGUGUCAGGUGAUGCCGGAUUUGUGUCGGAACGGUCAGUGCAUCAACACCAUCGGAUCCUUCCGCUGCCACUGUAAUGUGGGCUACAAAACCGACUUCACUGCAACCUCCUGUGUUGAUAUGGAUGAGUGCGCUCUGUCUCCAAAGCCCUGUAACUUCCUGUGUAAAAACACAGAGGGCAGCUACCUGUGCUCCUGCCCCAGAGGAUACAGCCUGCAGCCAGAUGGAAAGACUUGCAAAGAUCUGGAUGAAUGUUCGACCAAGCAGCAUAACUGCCAGUUCCUUUGUGUCAACACCAUUGGAGGCUUCACCUGCAAGUGUCCUCCCGGCUUCACACAGCACCAGACCGCCUGCAUUGACAACAAUGAGUGUUCCGCUCAGAACAGUGUAUGCGGUUCCCGGGCCUCGUGCGUCAACACGCCUGGUAGUUUCAACUGUGAAUGCGGUAAAGGUUUCUCUUUGGACAGCACAGGCAUCGAGUGUGACGAUGUGGAUGAGUGUGGCAGUAACCACCGCUGUCAACACGGCUGUCAGAAUAUGAUGGGAGGUUUCCGCUGUGGCUGUCCUCAGGGCUACGUGCAGCACUACCAGUGGAACCAGUGUGUGGAUGAAAACGAGUGUCAGGCAGCAACAGUGUGCGGCUCUGCCUCUUGCUACAACACACUGGGCAGCUUCAAGUGUGUGUGUCCCUCUGGCUUUGACUUUGAGCAGGGCGCUGGUGGCUGCCAAGAUGUGAAUGAAUGUAGCACGGGCAGCAACCCCUGUAUCUACGGCUGCUCCAACACCGACGGAGGCUAUCUAUGUGGCUGUCCUGGAGGUUUCUACAGAGCUGGACAGGGUCACUGUAUGACAGGCUCAGGUUUCCCAGGCCAGAUGGUGGAGGGUGAUGAUGACGACGAAAGUCUGUCUCCUGAGGCCUGCUACGAGUGUAAGGUCAAUGGAGGAGGAGGAAAGAAGGGACGACACAAACGCAAUGCUGAUCAAAAUGGGCUCAACCAGGAACCGGCAGUGAGUAUGGCCAGCAUAGACACCCAGUCCUCCAUCCCCAUGAACCUUUCUCUGUCCUCGCUGCUCAACAAGGAGCCGCUGCUAGAGCUUCUGCCUGCCCUGCAGCCCCUGGAGCACCAUGUACGUUAUGUCAUCACCCAUGGCAAUUCUAAUGAACACUUCCGCCUUCUGGAACGACGCGAUGGAAAGAGUGUGCUCCGGUUUGGCAAGAGGCCGCCCCCAGCGGGAUCCUACCGACUAGAGAUCGCCAGCCUGCGGCUGUUUGGGCCCCGAAGACUACACCAGCUGGAGGAGCAGCACGACACUGACUACCUACAAGGGGAAAUAGGAGACGCUCUGCGCAUUAAGCUCCUCAUUCACCUGCACUGAGCUCUGAGUGCGCUUAUAAUCCGGUCCUGGACUGAUUUCUAAAGCCUUUGAGUUCUAACCUUCCCUUUUAUCAAAUAACUCCUCCCUUCCAGCUCCCCCCUGCAGGACCACCCCCACCCCAACAGGGGUAAUCAAGCGCUAUGAAAGACUGAGUCAAUCAGCCCAACUCUACCACCACUUUGUACUGUUAUGUUAUUAUUGUUCAUCUGUGUGUUUUUUUUAACCCCCCACAA